UAACUAGAGAUAUAAGAAACAGCGAUAUUUAAAUAAAAGCAAUGAAAUAUAUUACGAGAUAAUUACCCGGUCGUAGGAUAUACAAGUAUUUGUAAGCUGGUGAUACUGUAGAUUUCCGAACGAAUCUUUUAUUAACAUUAAACACGGAACAAUCAAUGUUUAACUGUCGUUUUGGCUUACAUCCGACCUUGAUGAAAAAUAUUCUGAGUAAGCAAUACUAAGUUCUGCACAGUGUUAAUGAUGUAGCAGUAGUGUUAAUAAUAGGAGAACCAGAACAUCAAAUAAUCCCAAAUUCCAAUAGAAACUGACCACGGAUCAAUGUUACAUCAAUGGAUGGAAUUCUAUUAGCAGACUACAUUAUUUACAAUUAGGAUCCAGUAAACGCUAACAUUGAAAAUGCGGGUCUGUUCCUAUGGCAACACACUCUCAACGUCAUUGCUGAAUCUGUGCCUUAGCAUCACCAUAGCAACAUUUUAUGUAACCACAACAACUUCUCAAGAUUACGACUACAGUAGUCUCGAGAAACAGUUGUGCGACAGAGUAUUCACAAGCGCAAAUGGCAAACUCAACGGAACAUUCCAGUCCCCCAACUAUCCAAGUAAUUACGACAGUAAUAAAAGAUGUAUAUACAAAUUUAUCGGAAAUACAAAUGAGAGGGUCACAAUAAAAUUUACAGAUUUCCGAGUGAAAGGAAUUCCCCCUGGAUGUCGUCAUGACUACAUUGAUAUAUUCACAGAGUUGACACACCCGGAUGAAGAUCUCUUAGAUGCCAAACUUCAAGGUCGUUACUGUGGCGACGAAAAGGAUAAGUUGCCCCACCUAUUGGUGUCCAUGUCAAACAUUCUCGUGAUAUCAUUUUUUACUGACAAUACAAGAACAGAGAAGGGCUUUUACGGAAAAUACACAUUUAUAAGUAAUGCAGCGUAUAUCGUCGGUACUCUUGCACCCGCUAGUACGUGUGGUUACAUAAUCAAAAGCGAGGCCCGUACUACAGGAAGUAUUAUAUCGCCCACUUACCCUGGCGUAUAUCCCGACAAUACAAUGUGCUUCUACAAGUUACAGGGUGCAGUAGGAGAGCGGGUGAAAGUCACUUUCAUUGACUUCGAUCUCUAUCAGGGUGGGGAACACUGUCCGUUUGAUUCAGUGAAGAUCUAUGACGGGCACACCAAUCAAGAUACACUCAUUGGUGUAUUUUGCGGCAAGCAUAAAAAUCUAACAGUAUUUUCAACAGGACAGGCCCUUCAUAUAGAUUUCCGGACGAAAAGUGGGCGUUUGGAACCAACUAAAAAGACAUACUUUUCACAUUGGGAGAUAGACCCCGACUAUGCUAUAAAAAGAACAGGUUUCAAGGCCAUUUAUGAAUUCAGUAUGGACUUCGUCAAUCUAGAUUUCAUUGACAGAUACAAAGGAAAGCACAUACGUGGAACUGAAUGUGAUCAAAGAGUCAAGAGUGACGGGGAGUCCAAUGGGACAAUCGUCUCGCCAAACUACCCUCAAAAAUACCCCAAAGGUGUAACAUGUCGAUACUAUAUCGAUGGAAAGAAAGAUAAACAACACUUAGAAAAGGCUGAAAUAAAAUUCUCAACAUUUGGUAUUCCAACACGAAGUCCAGAGGGGUGUGAAAGUGGGUAUCUGCUGGCAUAUUUAGGAGGCCAGCAAGAAGAACCUAAAAAUUAUAACAAAAAGCUUUGUGGGAAGACAAUACCUCCCCCAUUGAUGUCAACCGACCCUAGACUGCUGUUGAUAUUCAAUAGUACGGGUCCGAUGAGAGGGUCUGGGUUCAAAGCCACAUAUCAAUUCCUUACCAAUUAUGCAAUUCCGGGGACUCCUGUCCCAAGCUCAGUUCAUGGGUGCCAUUUCCGUUAUUUAAGCCGAAGUUCAAAAUCUGGCUAUUUUAAUUCCCCUCGCCAUCCGGCAAACUAUCCCUCAAACACAACAUGUAUUUACGAGUUCAUAGGGCAGCCGAGCGAACAAGUCAGAAUCACCUUUAUGGUGUUUAGUGUGGAUAAUAGCAAUUUAAACCGUGAUUACCUUCAGAUACUCCAAAUAAGACCAAAGAAAUCAGGACUUAGCAGAAAGCAAAGAAUCCAGGUCAUUAGUACCAAUUACAACGGGACUUAUAAACCCGGGCCAAUUAUUACUGAUAAAAAAUGUCGCAAGAUGCGUGUGGUAUUCAAAAGUGACAUGUAUAAUGAGACUGAAGGAAGUACUAUCAAGUACAAUGGAUUCAAGGCUCGUUUUGAUUUCAUAACAGAAGAUAAGAUUUAUGGUUCCUGUGGGGGUAAUAUUACAUCUGGUGGGAGUGGAGUCAUUACAAGUCCAAACUACCCCAAGAAAUACAUAGUUGAUACAGUAUGUGAAUGGCAUAUUCAUGCGAAACCAAAUCAUAAGAUCCUUUUGGUCGCUGAGAAAUUCAAUAUGGAAGGUCAAACAAAAGCUGGUUGCCAAGGUGCCGUACUUAGAAUUUAUGACGUCAGGUUUAUACCAAAACAUGAACUUUGUGGUUCUGAGUUUCCAACUAAUGUUCGUUCAGAAGGACCCUACUUAAAACUCAGAUUUAUUAGUUCUAGCCGGGCGGUUGGAGGCAAUGGUUUCAAUAUAACUUGGACCGAAUAUUUGGACAUGCCUCGAUCUGUUGGGAAAACAAGCUCUAGUUCGUCAUCAAGUAUAGGGAAAGACCCCUGUCCUGGCUUUAGAUGUGCAGUCAAUACAAAUGUAUGUAUUCCCAACAGUCUCAAAUGUAAUCGUUUACACAACUGUGGCCAUGGUGAUUACUCGGAUGAACUUGAAAGUUGUCCAGUAAAACGUAGAACAAACACUGUCCACGUCAUAAUAGGGAUAAUAGUUGCAAUUGUUAUCCUAACAAUUAUCAUUAUCUGUGUUGUACACAAAAGACGAAGAACAAAAAAGAAGAAACAUAAAAAGCAAAUGAUGGACUCAGCCCAGGUUCGAUUCCUCUCCAGACCUGGGACGUCAUCAGAUGAUCUUCAUAUAUUAACACAUAAUGAUAGGACACAUCACAAAGUAUCUAUGGUGUGACACAAGCUUAAUUAUAUAACAACAGAAAACGUCACAAAGUGUCUAUGGUAUGACUAAAGCUUUAUCAUAUAACAAUAGAAAACGUCACAAAGAGUUAAUGGUACGACUAAAGCUUUAUCAUAUAGUGAUAGACAACUUCACAAAGUGUCAAUGGUAUGACUGAAGCUUUAUUGUA